UUAACCCAGACGCCUCCCAUCUGGGGGGGGUUUCCGUCGCUGCGGACACAGUCUGCCAUAUGUACUGGUGGCAGACACUGACUGUUAGAGCCUCAGAUCGCUCCCUAACAGAAAUGUCUCUGCUCGGGGCUUGUAGCACAUGAGAUGCGUUUAACAUCUCCAGGUUGGCAUGAAUCCCACAGCUGCCAAAAAGCAGGAACCCAAACGUGCACGUGGGACCGUUUCUGUCCCACUACAAGGAAAUAUUUCCCUUAAACUUUGCAGGAAGUUAUAUAAGAAGCAUAUGUGCCUGUUUUGUGUAUUUUUAUCCACACAUGUGCCUGUAUUGUGUAUAUAUAUCCACACAUAUGUAUGUGCUGCACGGGGCCUGUGAACAGGGCAUCUGGAGUGCUUUGUGGAACUGAUCAAUUAUUCAAUCUCUUCUGUGACGUGCGUAUGGCCUAAUGCUUUCCUAUGGCUCCCUGAAUGGGCAUCAACGUCAGAUGUAACGAGGCUUUUAAUUCCUGCCAGUGGCAUGUUUGAUCAUCACUCUCACGUUAAGCUACUCCUCACCCAGUGCUCUGUGAGCAAGCCCCCACUCCCAUGAAUAAUUCAGCCUGUUUUUUCUCCCCGUGUGUUGAUUGAAAGCAUCCCCUCCCCCGCCCCCCAGGCACUCCAACGAGUGUCCUUUGAAACCGUUACCUGUUUACAGAGAGUGACGCGGUUUCGACUCCACUCCCCGGAACAUUCCGGAAGGAUUCUCUAAUUCAUUUCAUUCCUGUUACUUUCCUGUUGCUCUCCUGUUUUCAGACGUCUGCCUUUUUUGUUUUAUCUGUUGUCGAAAACUUUGGAAGAAAGGUGCUCGGUGUUUUCCACAGGGAAAGAUUUUAUGAUCAAAACCUCAGGAACGGAAAGGACCGCUCCCAGCUUCAGUACCGGUUUUGGCUCAGGUGGUUCCGGUCCUGCUCGACUUAGAGACACAAUGCAUCUGGUGGCAGCAACAUCGUAUGGCGGGACAGACAAGUGCAGCGAGUAAAUUGGGUGGCUGACGGCAGGUUUCCACUUAAACUUGUGCAAAAGUGAGCAGAAAUGUGUGAUCUGAGGUAUUGUAUUUGGAUCAAAGCAUUUGCUGAAUAAGUAAAUGGAAAUGUGGAUGAAGUGUAAAGCAAUAACGAGAAAGAAUAAGCAGAUGUAAAAUUAGAAUCUCGUAUUGGGUGGGGGCUUUGGGGCUGUGUGGGGGCCCUGAAUCGCCCCAGGGUCACCUGUUAACCCAGAAAAUGGUUCUGGGAGUCUGUUGAAGUGCUGGUCUGUUCUGCUUUUUGACAGAUUUGUAGGUUAUUUCCCAAAAGUGAGUAUUUUGAGCAGGCGGUGCCCUGAGGUGUGGGGGCAAGGGUCAGUGAUCACCUCACCACUGUUUUUUCGUGCUCCAGAGCUCUCGGGGGAAGGGGGCCAUUGGUAGCGACUUUUUCCACUUGGUAUCAUCCCUGUAUCCAUCUUGACCAGUAUGGAAUAUCCAGGUGGAUUCAGGUUCCCACUUUGGAGGGUGGGGAGGGGGGCUUACUGGGAGCCAAAAGGUUGUCAUCCAGACGUGAGCAAUGGGUCUGAUUCUGCUCAUUUGUUUCUGUCUGCGGGGCCAUAAAAACUAAUCAUCUGUGCUUUGAAGUAUCUGAUGAAGGAGGAUAUUAGCAGGACCGGACCAUUAGAACAAGAGAAAAUAAAGGCAGAUGCAAUCGGCACAUCUGCAGAUAUUUGGGAAGCGUAGUACGGAAUGUGCAGCAGUAGCGGUAACGUUUGGGAAGCAUGGUACAGAAUGCGCAGCGGUGAUGUUAGGGAAGCGUGGUACAGAAUGCGCAGCGGUAAUGUUUGGGAAGCGUUGUACAGAAUGCGCAGCGGUAAUGUCUGGGAAGCGUGGUACAGAAUGCGCAGCGGUAAUGUUUGGGAAGCAUGGUAUAGAUUGCGCAGCGGUAAUGUUUGGGAAGCGUGGUAUAGAAUGAGCAGCGGGGAUGUUUGGGAAGCAUGGUAUAGAUUGCGCAGCGGUGAUGCUUGGGAAGCGUGGUACAGAAUGCACUGCAGUGGCAGUAACGUUUGGGAAGCGUGGUACAGAAUGCGCAGCGGUAAUGUUUGGGAAGCGUGGUAUAGAAUGAGCAGCGGGGAUGUUUGGGAAGCAUGGUAUAGAUUGCGCAGCGGUGAUGCUUGGGAAGCGUGGUACAGAAUGUGCAGCAGUAGCGGUAACAUUUGGGAAGCGUGGUACAGAAUGCACUGCAGUGGCAGUAACAUUUGGGAAGCGUGGUACAGAAUGCGCAGCGGUAAUGUUUGGGAAGCGUGGUACAGAAUGCGCAGUGGUAAUGUUUGGGAAGCAUGGUAUAGAAUGUGUCAUGUUGAUGAUUGGGAGGCAUGGUAUAGAAUGCAUGGCGGUGACAUUUGGGAAGCUUGGUUCAGAAUGUGCGGCGGUGAAGUUUGGUAAGCGUGGUAUAGAUCAUACGCCAGCAGCAGAGGUAAAGUUUGGUAAGCACAUUGCAGAACAUAUGGCAGCAGCAAAAGUGACAUUUGGGGAGUGCGGUGUAGAACAUACGGCAGCAACAGUGUGGCCUUUGGAAUCUCGGUGUAGAACAUACGGCAGCAACAGUGUGGCCUUUGGAAUCUCGGUGUAGAACAUACGGCAGGAGCAGAGGUGGCGUUUGGGAAGCGGCGUGUAGAACAUAUGGCAGCAGCAGAGGUGGCGUUUGGGAAGCGGCGCGUAGAACAUACGGCAGCAGCAGAGGUGGCGUUUGGGAAGCGGCGUGUAGAACGUACGGCAGCAGCAGAGGUGGCGUUUGGGAGGCGGCGUGUAGAACAUACGGCAGCAGCAGAGGUGGCGUUUAGGAAGCGGCGUGUAGAACAUACGGCAGCAGCAGAGGUGGCGUCUGGGAAGCGGCGCGUAGAACGUACGGCAGCAGCAGAGGUGGCGUUUGGGAGGCGGCGUGUAGAACGUACGGCAGCAGCAGAGGUGGCGUUUGGGAGGCGGCGUGUAGAACGUACGGCAGCAGCAGAGGUGGCGUCUGGGAAGCGGCGCGUAGAACGUACGGCAGCAGCAGAGGUGGCGUUUGGGAAGCGGCGUGUAGAACAUACGGCAGCAGCAGAGGUGGCGUUUGGGAGGCGGCGUGUAGAACAUACGGCAGCAGCAGAGGUGGCGUUUGGGAAGCGGCGUGUAGAACAUACGGCAGCAGCAGAGGUGGCGUUUGGGAGGCGGCGUGUAGAACAUACGGCAGCAGCAGAGGUGGCGUUUGGGAGGCGGCGUGUAGAACGUACGGCAGCAGCAGAGGUGGCGUUUGGGAAGCGGCGUGUAGAACGUACGGCAGCAGCAGAGGUGGCGUUUGGGAAGCGGCGUGUAGAACAUACGGCAGCAGCAGAGGUGGCGUUUGGGAGGCGGCGUGUAGAACGUACGGCAGCAGCAGAGGUGGCGUUUGGGAAGCGGCGUGUAGAACAUACGGCAGCAGCAGAGGUGGCGUUUGGGAAGCGGCGUGUAAAACGCACGGCAAUGUUUGAGAUUCAUGCCGUUCUUGUGGUGCUGUGCCUCCUCUCAGUGGUAAUUAGGCUGCUUCAUCUGAACAGACGGCGUCCUCGUUAUUAAAAAUGUGAUUCAGUGGCAUGAAAUGUGCAUAAUCAUACUCGUCGCUCCCUUUUGUGAUUGCAGAAUCAUGGGUACUUAAUGUGGUGCCGCCUGUCCGCUCAGGAAUGACCUCAUUUCUGUCCUGGCUUCCUUCUUCACACUGUCUCUGUUUCCUUUUUCUCUUUAUGUUUUUUGUUGUCUUGUUUUUUGCGGCCAAUGGGAAUCUCCAGACGCACUGAUAG